UAUUUUUAAAAAAAUUCUGGCACAGUAAAAAAUUCAUCGAUCGCCAUUUUGAAGGGAAGGUAGUGGAGUGUCGUGUGUCGUGUCACUGUUGUUCCCCAGUUCCGUUCUCCAUUUGUGUGAUUCUCCGUCUUUGAGCCGAAGUUGACCGUUGGAAUUCAUCCAUGGAUCCUCCUCUGACCAAACCCUCCUUCAACCCCAACAAGCAUCUCAAAGAACAAUUCGUGAGCAACUUGAGCGGAUCCUCUAUGCUCGAAAUCGCGGCACUCACAGUGACUAUCCCCAUUCUGGUUCUUAUUCGUCACUCCAUCUCUUCCACUUCCAUUACUGGUGCCUCUCUGAGGAAGAAAAACGACGAUGCACCUUCCGAGAAUAGGAGUUUCAAAUCACACCUAGCUACAUUGUCUCUGGACUUUCUUGUCCUUGUUGUUCCCAUGCUCCUAUUUUUCACAGUACUUUCAAACUGGACCUAUAUCAUGGCAAGUUUUUUCACUGUCUCAACAUUACUCUAUAUUGCAGCCAAGAGGUCUGGUUCUUCAUCUUCUUUUGAUGGAGAGCCAAAUUCUCUUCGGGCAUAUAUUACUUCAUAUAGGGUUAUUGUGAUGAUCAUCACAUUCUUGUGCAUCUUGGCUGUUGACUUCAGAAUAUUUCCUAGAAGAUAUGCGAAGACUGAAACUUAUGGAACUAGUUUGAUGGAUCUUGGAGUUGGAGCAUUUGUUGUAGCAAAUUCUCUAGUUUCUCGGCAAGCACGUAAUAUUACAACUUUGAGCUGGAAGAUUGCAAUAGUUUCAACUAGUCCACUGAUCAUCUUAGGAUUCCUUCGUCUUGUUACAACAACUGGUGUGGAUUAUCAGGUACACGUGGGUGAAUAUGGUGUGCAUUGGAAUUUCUUCUUCACACUUGCUGCUGUGUCAAUCCUUACUUCCGUUAUUAAUAUUUCCCCACAAUAUUCUGGAGUUUUGGGUUCACUUGUCCUAGUAGGGUACCAGUUCUGUUUGAUGCAUGGUUUAAAUCAUUACUUGCUUUCUAAUGAAAGAGGAAUGGAUAUCAUAAGUCAAAACAAGGAGGGGAUUUUUAGCAUAUUUGGAUACUGGGGUAUGUACCUUCUUGGUGUUCAUUUAGGAAACUAUCUUUUCUUUGGAAGCCAUUCCACUGGAUUUAGAAGUAGCAGAUGGGUUCGGAUGAGGGUUUGGGUUCUCUCCAUCCUGCUUUGGUUAUUAACUGUGCUUCUAGACAGGCAUGUUGAAAGAAUUUCACGCAGAACGUGCAACCUCCCAUAUGUUACUAUGGUAUUGGCUGACAACCUACAGCUGUUAUCAAUUCUAAUGCUGGCUGAUCUUGUUCCUGGAAGUAAAAUUUCAAUACUUGAAGAAGCAUUCAAUCGGAACUUACUGGCUACAUUUCUUCUGGCAAAUGUUCUCACGGGGUUGGUAAACUUGUCUGUUGAUACCCUCUCUGCGUCAUCAGUCACAGCCGUUUUUAUCUUGCUUGUCUAUGCCUAUAUUUUAUCAAUUGUAAUUGGUCUUGCAGAUUAUUUUGGUUUGAAAUUAAAAUUUUGGUGAAGCAGAAAUUUGCUAUGCUGUAGUCUGUUAGAUUAGUGUUAUCAUUCAUUUAAAAAAUAACAUGUCUUUCUCUAUUAAUCAUCAAGUGAAUUUACUAUAAAACUCGUGUGGCAAUAAAGGUAGAAAUGAUAAAAUUCCUACUGCCUUGAACUCAAUCUAUGGGU